AUGAAGCACUCUACAACGGUUUCGGUGGUCGGGCUGGUGCUGACGGCCCUGGUGGUGAUUCGGCUGCUUUUGAUAGGGAACAGCAGCAUCGUGGUACGAUUUGCAUGGCCGCCUUUCAUUGUGUUCCGAUCUUAUGUGCCAUCGUUUGAAAACGUCCCAAACGUGCAGUUCUACGACCUGCGUAACUACAAUGGUAAGCCUGACGGAUGGCAGCGUGGAGACCGCGUCCUGUUCACGGUACCGCUUAGGGACGCAGCUGAACAUCUACCUAUGUUUUUCGAGCAUAUGGCUCGCACCUCGUAUCCACACAACUUGAUCGAUCUUUCGUUCUUGGUCAGUGACAGUUCCGACGACACCAUGGGCGUGCUGCUAGCAUACUUGCAGAAGGCUCAGUCGCAAACUGACCGCAGUAAACGGUUUGGCAACAUUGAAAUCUACGAAAAGGAUUUUGGCCAAAUCAUCGGACAGUCGUUCUCAGAUCGUCAUGGGUUUGCAGCCCAGGGUCCCAGACGUAAACUGAUGGGCCGGGCCCGUAACUGGCUCGGAUCUGUGGCUCUCAAGCCGUACCAUUCGUGGGUUUACUGGCGUGACGUGGACGUGCAAACUAUCCCACGUACCAUAUUGGAAGAUCUCAUGCACCACGACAAAGACGUGAUUGUUCCUAAUGUUUGGCGUCCACUGCCGGAUUGGCUCGGGAAUAUUCAACCAUACGACCUGAACUCGUGGCAAGAGUCUGAAGGAGGUUUGCAAUUGGCAGAUUCACUUGACGAUGACGCUGUGAUCGUCGAAGGGUAUCCGGAGUACGCUACGUGGCGUACGCAUUUGGCGUAUAUGCGGGAUCCCUCUGGUGACCCUGAAGUCGAAAUGGAACUGGACGGUAUCGGAGGCGUGUCUAUCUUGAGUAAAGCCAAGGUUUUCCGCGCGGGUUCGCAUUUCCCGGCAUUUUCGUUUGAGAAACACGCUGAAACCGAAGCUUUUGGUAAAUUGUCGCGCAGACUAGGCUACAGUGUAAUCGGGCUGCCGCAUUAUGUGAUUUGGCAUAUUUACGAACCUUCGUCUGACGAUCUCAAGCACAUGGCCUGGAUGGCCGAAGAAGAGAAGCGCAAAGUAGAGGAAAACAAGAUUCGUGAGUUUUACGACAAGGUUUGGGAAGUUGCAUUCGAUGACGUUCGUGACGAAUGGGAAACGGAAAGACUUCAAGUUAUGAAAAACAUUGAUCCUAGCUCUGUGAACCGUCAUAUCACGGUCGAUUGGGACGGUAUUGACGACGAUUUUGCCGAGGAAGCGACCCAGAACGACAAACCAGAAGACUUCGCUAAAGAAGGUGAACCAGAGGGCCUCAAACCCGAGGAUGGAAAAGACGAAAACUCUCAGAACCCGGACUCAAAGGACGCCGAAGUUAAGGACUCCGACAAGAAGCCCGAGGCUGGCGAUGUUGGAGCUGCUGAGAAGCCCAAGAAAAACCCGGACGAAGUUGAACAACUCGAUUUCGAUCCCGAUAUUUGA